AUGCACGCUGAUUCGGAUGAAGAGGCAGCUGCCUCGUUCCUAUCAGGGGAUCACAAAGUCCCAUUCAGUGCCGGUACAGCUGAUCCUCCUCAGUCUUGGCUUGCGAAGAAAACCAGCGAACUGAGUAGUCUUCAGCGCACCCUUUUGGAAUUCGAUGUUGGUGUGCCUGUAAUUGUGAACUUCCGUGUGGACGGUAAGAUGUUCUCUGUGCAUCGCGAUGUGUUGCAAAAGGAUCCGCAAUCAGUACUAUUUCUGCUGGCAGAGAGACUAUUCUGCUGCGGUGACGACAGAGGCCGCGGUAGUGACGUGAUUGAGAUCCCUUCGCGGGACGCAACUCUCUUCGGUAUGCUGCUGAACCUUCUCCGCGGCUACAGAAGCCCCGUCCCGGAGGCAUACCGUGAGGCCUGCUACAAGGAGGCAUGCUUCUACGGCUUGCAGCACUCGUGGAAGUCGCGGUAUCCCGUCGCUUCCUCCGGGCCCUUCCACCCGCUUCCGUGCGGCAAUACGCUCUUCGCGGAUUUGGUGUGCGCGGCGGCGAGCCCAUUCUACUCGAGCGGCCUGCACUCCAUCAUGUUUGAUGUGAAGCGGUGCGAGACGGUGGCUGUCGGGGUUGUGGCGGAGGGCGCACGUCUGGGAAGUGCGAACGACGCGAUUAACUGUGAGGGCUUCGCACUGUUCUGGAACGACGGGCGGGUGAUUCAUAACAUUGGAAGAUUUGUCCUCGACAAGGCGAGUAGCUCCUACACUGCUGGCACGAAGAUCAAAGUUGCUUUGGACUUCGAGGAGCAUAUCGUGCACUGGACGCUGCCGGGCGAGCGAACCGCGGCGGUGGUGCGACUUCCUGAAGGAACAAAAUUUGCAUUUGUAGCGGUUGUGAUGAAGGCAUCAGAGUUGCAGGUGAUACACGGCGAGUAA